CCAGGUGUGCAGAGAGAAGGAGCUGCUGGGCCAGGAGAAGGCUGCCCUUGAGGGCCGACUGGCAGCCAUGGAGUGUCACAAACAAGACCUUUCCAAGCAGCUGGCAGAGACCAGGUCAGCGAAGGAGAGCCUGGAAUCCAGCCUGUUUGCUGCUCAGCAGCAGAUAUCUCAGCUGGAGAUCACCAGCAACCAUCUGGAGGCUCAAGUGCUCACAGUCACACAGGCCAAGGAGGCGCUCCAAGGAGAAGUGCAGUGCCUCCAACGUGAGCUGGAAGCAGAGAGAGCUCUCAGGAAGCAGGAGCAGGAAGACACAGCGCAACAGCUCUUGCAGGCAGAGCAGCAGCGUCAGGAAAGCCUCAGGCUUCAGGGAACUGCUCAGCAGGUGGAAAUAAACAAGCUCCUGCAAGACCUGGCAAGUGAGCGGGAAAGGCACCAUGCAGAGAUGCAGGAGACGCUGCAGCAAUGGGGAAAAGAGAAGGCAGAGAGAGAGCAGGAGCACGAGAAGGUGCUGUUUGAGAUGAGGCAGAAAGUUGCCACCCUGCAGGCUCAAAGAGAAGAGGAACGAACUAGAUUUGAAAAUGCCAAGCGAGAGGUCCUGCUGGAAAAGCAGAAGGAGAAGAAUUCUUUAUCAAAGACACUGCUCCAAACUCGGGGACAGCUAAGCCGAGCCUGCCAGCAGGUGCAGCAGCUCAGGCAGGAGGUGAAAGAGCAGCAAGAGAAGGGGCAGACCAUCGAGGCAAAGCUGCAAGCUGAGCUGCAGGAAGCUCGGAGGGAAAUCCAGGCAGCGCAGAAGAGGCACAAGGAAGAACUACGAGGCAUCAAAGAGGAAAUGAAUCUCCUCCUUGAGCAGAGGGAGGCUCUACAAAAGCAGGUGGGAGAGUUGACAUCUCAGCUGGCAGCCUCCAGAGAGUCCCAGGCAACGAUUGUUCAGAGAGCCCAGCAAGAUGUGAGCUGGGCCCAGGAGCAGUCAAGGCAGAAGCUGUUGGAGGUUGAGCACCUCCAGAAGAUGCUGGAGGAGGCAGAACAUCAGAACAAGGAGCUGCAAGUGCACCUGAAGAACUUGGAGAUGGAAAGGAGUCAAUGGGAAGAAGUGGCACGCCAAAAUUCAGGAUUUCGGGCUUCCUUGGACGCCCUGGAGAAGGAAAAAGCCAGGUAAAUGAAAGCCUGUGGGACUCUGCCUUGUGGGAAUGGAUUCCCUCU